UCCGGGGAGUCAGAUUUCGGAAAUAGUAUUAAAGAUGGGCGUGGGCUGCCGUCUUGCCCAGACUUCAGAAACGACCAUUUGCAGUGAACCAGGAAAGAGUUGGCAAUGACUUGACCUUUGGACCCAAUUUCUCCAGUCUCCUGUAUUUUCAUCUGUUUCACAGAUCAUUCUCAUCUAUUUAGUUGGCCUUCAGGGGUUGGGUCUGCAAGAUGAACGUUAAUGCUGAGUCUGAGAAGCUUAAAAACAUGGAGGAAAGGAUACAAAAAUUAGAAGAAACCCUUACCAAAGUAUUGUGUGAGAAUGCAGCUUUAAAAAGCACAGUGCUUGACUCACAAAAUAAGAUUGAAUACUUACAGAAAGAAAAUGAAGCCAAAAAAGUUGCCUUCUCAGCUGGACUUCUGUCAUCUGGAUUAGGACACACUGGGCCCAUUGGUACUGCGAAAACUCUAGUCUACAGCAAAGUUUUCAGUAAUGUUGGAAGUGCCUAUGACUCAAAUACUGGUGUCUUCAAAGCACCAAUUAAAGGAGUCUAUUACUUCAGAUUUUAUGCUCAUUGUCACAGUGGAACCAAAAUGGCAGUCAGUCUCCUGAAGAAUGGUCAAACUCAAUGCUCUGUGUUUUCUUGGAAGCCUGUCACCAAUGGUAAUGCCAGCAAUGGUAUUGUUCUCCAACUGGAGUCUGGUGAUGAAAUGUCUACUCAACUUUGGGAGAACACCUGGGUUUAUGAUGAUGAAAACAGUUACACCAGUUUCAGUGGUUUUCUUAUUUUCCCCUUGUGAAUGGAUUGUUUUAUAACCUAUAUUCAGUGCAGGAUGUGAUGUAUGAUUAUUUUAUGGAAAUUGUUUGUUCCUGUGCUAAGUAAACAAUGUUUGAGUAAAUUAGAUAAUUAAAACCAUCGAAAAGAACCAAAAGGAGAACAUUGUUUAUGCUUCAAAGUGAAAAUAUUAGUGUGUGCUUUCCAGAUCACAAAUAGUUUUCAGACAUUACAUCAGCGUAAAAUUAAAAAAUAUAAUCUAUGUUUUUAAAUUGUAUGAAUUGUGACUUGUUUAUGCAUAUUCAAUGAAUCACUGCCUCUCUCAAAGUGCUCUUACAAACAGAUUCUGGUUUUGUUUUAAUUAUACUUAAUUGCUUGUCUCAUGUGUCUAAUUUAAUGACAUGUUGCCAUCAAACACAUGUACCUGCUAUGAAAUGUGCAGCAAAAAAAAAUCGUACCCCUUUUGUUUAGUAGAAAUAAAUAAUAAUUUAGGUUUCUAUCUGAAA